AUGGCGUUACAACCCACAAGCCCGAAGUGGGCACCAUACCAGCUUCUUCUUCUCCUAACGACUGAGAUUUGCUGUUGGUUGCCAUUGUUUUCUCAGCGCUUGGAGCCUCUACCAACAGAGUAUGCCCACUCCAUCCGAAUCGAUGGUGACAUCAUCUUGGGUGGCCUAUUCCCGGUGCAUGCCCGUGGUGAACGAGGAGUACCCUGUGGAGAGCUGAAGAAGGAGAAGGGCAUCCAUCGCCUGGAAGCCAUGCUCUUUGCCAUCGACCUCAUCAACAAGGACCCAGAGUUGCUGCCUAAUGUGACCCUCGGUGCUCGCAUUCUGGACACCUGCUCCCGGGACACAUAUGCCCUUGAGCAGUCACUCACCUUUGUCCAAGCACUCAUUGAGCGUGAUGGUUCGGAUGUACGCUGCGCAAAUGGUGACCCCCCUGUCUUUACCAAGCCUGACAAGAUAGUAGGAGUGAUCGGAGCAUCUGCCAGCUCCGUCUCCAUCAUGGUAGCCAAUAUCUUGCGGCUAUUCAAGAUUCCUCAGAUCAGCUAUGCAUCCACAGCUCCAGAGUUGAGUGACAACACCCGAUAUGACUUCUUUUCCCGUGUGGUGCCGCCAGACUCCUACCAGGCACAGGCCAUGCUGGACAUCGUCACAGCCAUGGGUUGGAACUAUGUGUCCACUCUGGCCUCUGAGGGCAACUAUGGCGAGAGCGGAGUGGAGGCUUUCAUUCAGAUCUCUCGAGAGAUAGGUGGGGUGUGUAUCGCUCAGUCUCUAAAGAUCCCACGGGAACCAAGGCCGGGAGAAUUUGACAAAAUAAUCAUGCGGUUGCUGGAGACCCCCAACGCCCGUGCAAUCAUCAUGUUUGCAAAUGAGGAUGACAUCAGACGAGUCCUGGAUGCUGCUAAAAGGAACAACCAAACAGGGCACUUCCUGUGGAUUGGUUCAGACAGUUGGGGCUCCAAGAUCUCACCAGUGAUCCAGCAGGAGCAGGUGGCUGAGGGUGCAAUCACCAUCUUACCAAAACGAGCUUCAGUCGACGCCUUUGACCGUUACUUCCGAAGCCGCUCGCUUUCCAAUAACAGGCGGAACGUGUGGUUUGCUGAAUUUUGGGAGGAAAACUUCAACUGCAAAUUGGGGAUGCAUGGCAAGCGUCUGGGAAGCUCCAAAAAGUGCACAGGGCUGGAGAAGGUGGGCCGUGACUCCAGUUAUGAGCAGGAGGGGAAGGUUCAGUUCGUCAUGGACGCCGUGUAUGCAAUGGCCCAUGCUCUGCACAGCAUGCAUCGCCACCUGUGUCUCGGAUACCCCGGCCUCUGCCCCCGCAUGAGCAACAUCAGUGGCAAAGAGCUACUGGAGUACAUUCGCAAAGUCAAGUUUAAUGGAAGUGCAGGGACUCCAGUUUCCUUCAAUCAAAAUGGUGAUGCACCUGGACGCUACGACAUCUUCCAGUAUCAGAUAAGCAAGAGUUCAGUGGCGGAAUAUAAAGUGAUUGGGAGCUGGACAAAUAAGCUACACCUAGAUGUGGAUGCCAUGCACUGGAGGACAGGUGACCCCACACUACCGGUGUCUGUGUGCAGCGUGCCGUGUCGGAUGGGUGAAAGGAAGAAGACUGUAAAGGGUGUCCCAUGUUGUUGGCACUGUGAGCGCUGCGAGGGCUACCACUACCAGGCAAGCGAGUUCAACUGUGAGAUGUGUCCCUAUGAACAGCGACCUGACCGCAACCGUACUGGCUGCCAGCCUAUUCCCAUCAUUAAGCUGGAGUGGUACUCACCUUGGGCAUCUGUGCCUGUCUUCAUCUCAGUGCUGGGCAUUCUGGCCACCAGUUUUGUGGUGCUCACGUUCAUGCGCCACAAUGAUACACCCAUUGUGCGGGCAUCAGGCCGUGAGAUGAGCUAUGUGCUACUGACAGGCAUCUUCUUGUGCUAUGCCAUCACCUUCCUGAUGAUUGCUACACCAACUGUUGCUGUCUGUUCUCUGCGACGUAUAUUCCUGGGCCUGGGCAUGUGCUUCAGCCAUGCGGCACUGCUCACGAAGACCAACCGGAUCCAUCGUAUCUUCGAGCAGGGCAAGAAAUCUGUUGCAGCUCCACGCUUCAUCAGUCCUGCCUCACAGUUGGCAAUCACCUUUAGUCUAAUCUCUGUGCAGCUGUUUGGCGUGUUUGUAUGGUUUGCUGUUGACCCGCCUCACACAGUGGUGGACUAUGGUGAGCAGCGCACUGCUGACCCAGACAAGGCACGGGGUGUACUCAAGUGUGACAUUUCAGACCUUUCUCUCAUUUGCUCAUUGGGCUACAGCAUCCUCUUAAUGGUCACAUGCACUGUUUAUGCCAUCAAGACCCGGGGGGUGCCAGAGACCUUCAAUGAGGCCAAGCCUAUAGGAUUUACAAUGUACACAACCUGCAUCAUUUGGUUAGCUUUUAUACCCAUCUUCUUUGGCACAGCACAGUCUGCAGAGAGGAUGUACAUCCAGACCACCACCCUCACCAUCUCUCUCAGCCUGAGUGCCUCAGUAUCACUGGGGAUGCUUUACAUGCCGAAGGUCUACAUCAUCAUCUUCCACCCAGAGCAGAAUGUGCCAAAGUGCAAGCGCAGCUUCAAGGCCAUUGUCACUGCAGCCACCAUGUCGGGAAAGCUCACCCAGAAAGGAGGCGAUCGCCCCAAUGGAGAGGUCAAGACAGAGCUCUGCGAAAGCAUGGAGACCAACACACCCUCCACCAAGACCACUUACGUCAGCUAUACUAAUCACGCCAUCUGA